AUGGAAGUCACGAGCAGCACACAUACGAAUUCAACCACGAAGCGCCUGAAUGGAGGUAGGCAUAUUCAGAGUCCUCAGAUCCCAACGCAUGCUUUUAAAUGCCCUCAGACGCACUUGGAUGGAAGGUUCAGGCCAUAUCAAUCAUUCAAGGCUGGCAGAUUUGAGGGCCUCGGGAAGCCGGUGCAUACCGACAGACGUGCAACGCUGGGACAUCCACUCGGAUGCAGGCGGGUGGUGUUUCAGGAUCAUAUGUUGACUCGAAUGGAAAGUCUGUACCGUUCGUGGAGCGAAGCUGGAAACACCAUAGACCUCUGCGCCUCGGAUGACACCGAUGCAACCGGCACACUCACUGCACUGCUCAAAGUCUUGUUGAAGGACUGCUCGGAUUCGGCCUGUAACCUGAACGAGGAGGACUGCAAUCUACCUCUCAAGUUAGGCGCUUCUCCUUCGAGUGUGGUCUUGAGCCAUAGCAACUGCUGCCUAUCCCUCUUCAAUUUCCACCUCGACAUCAACACUUCCCAUUCGCCAUUACUACUCAGCUUCUUACCUAGCUCGAAGUCCUGCGUUGACGUCCUCAAGAUCCACAAAGGCGGCUUUCCAAUCUCAGCACCAGAACGACAUCGAAAACACCACUACCAUAGAAAGCAUUCCGCAUUCAGCAUAACAGACCGCGGCGGUCGUGGUGGCGGCCGUAGUCGAGGCGGAAGACACCAAUCCCGCAUUUCUGAUAGGCAGCGCCAACAACUGAACAUGGCGGCGAGUCGUGCAAAGAGUGCUUCUCAAGGUAGUCUUGGUCGCGGCGGCAGUCAAGGCGCAGAUGAUACACUAGCACCAGCAGCUCUUUCUCCACGAGCGUCCUCAGUUCACUACUCCAGAUGUUCCAUUGCCCGAGCGAGAGGUCCUCCACCCUCGACACCCCCAAGAGAGUUCACGCCCGAGAAGCUCCAGCAAGUAGUUCACACUAUCAGCGAAUGUAGAGGCAUACGUAGGAUCAAGAGAUUUUGCACAUACUCCACCACCCGGGAGAGAUUCAAGAUAAUGUCGUUGAGUCUCCUCCCUUCGGAUAAUGCACACUAUCAUGGCUUUCAGUUUUUUACUGUCCGCACAGUGCUGCACAUCGCGCCACUCAAUCAACUUGGCGAAGAGCAGAAAGCCGACCUCGAAGGCCCUAUCGCGAGCAUGCAGGCAAGUCAACUUGCAAAGGCAGAUGAGCCUAACCUAUCAGGCUCUUCAUCCCGACUUCUGUGCACUUUUGCGAUCGACGAGCUCCACUAUGUCGAGGAGUGGAAAGCCUUUCGCGUACACUUUGCGCAACUGUAUACGCUUGGUCUUGGGCUCCGGACCGACACUGCUAGCUUUGGGUGUAUCGCAACGAUGUCUACACCCACGCCCGAGAUUCUGCUUCUAGAGGCAGGCUCCAGUAUAGUUGAUGAUGAGCUAUACAUGACUGAGAUAUUCCGGUCAACUAUUGAUGAGCCAAAUACGACGUGCGUCCUGCAGAAUAUUGCCUUUCGCGAGAAGGGAAAAGAAGAAUGUACAUACUUGUACUUCCUUCUGAAUGAUGCGGUAAGUGAUACUGGCGAAGCCACCCCAGCGAGUAUUUCAAAGACAUUGGUUUUCAGUCGUAGCAAGUUUCGGGAUAUUGUCGACCUCUUCCGCUUCUGGCUGAUCGGGAAGACCAAAGAUUGUCCAGAUCCAGCGAAGCGUUGCAUCAAUGCGCCUGGCGGGCACGAUGUACACGAGGUUGUGCCCUCCUACACCAGCUAUGUCCCACAGCACGACAUGGACCUCCCAUACAGCGGAUUCGCGAAGCUGGAUCCAGUACCUGGUUCAGAAAACUUGGUGAUAUCAAGCCCAGCCUUGGGAUCGUGGUUUCACGAUCCGAAGCCUCGGAGCCCGGAGCUCUCUCGCCGUCUCGGCCGCGGUGGCAGGGAGAUCGAGCACUGUGAGGCCCUCGUGUUCCUGUCAGGCUGGGUAGCCAACAACACCAACAAGAACCCACCACAUGCAACAGUAGAGAAGACAUUCGUUCCUCUUUCCAAUCGACGGCAGCGCGAGAUGGAGAAGCAGCGCAGGUGUCGUGGAGAACUGCUGUGUCUUAUGCUGCCACAUGUACCAAUGGCUCGCACGGCGCUCAGACAUGCAGAGAAUCCAGAGGAGAAUGUCAACGACCUAGGCCACCAGCGCUUUGGCGAUCAUGAGUCGGAAUUUGAGGAGAACGAUGCACCAGACCCAGGGAAGAAGUCGAAGAAGGGUGCGAGCGAGCUCAGCGCAAGCCUCUGCCAGAUCCAAUACGCCGCGGACGAGCAAGGCGGGAACAAUGCUUGCUGUCGCAAGGAGAUCAACAAGUACAUGGGAGAAGCCGAUAGCCAGCACGAUAUCCCCAAACCGCCAGCGUACAAGAAGAAGUCGGGUUGGAUCCACGCCUACCUCGUCGCCCAAAGCCAGCCGAAGCACCUCCGCCUAAUACUCGCCCAGCAUUGGCUUUUCCACACCUGGAGAAAUAGGUUGGAGAGCAGGUUGAUCGGAUCUUGUAUCAUGGCGAAUGCCGCAACUUCCCUGCUGUGGAAGAUUUGCGACGUAGCCGAGGCCCAGCUCAUCAGCUUUCGCCUGCAAUCCUUGUCUAGCAUGUUACUGAGCUUGACGAUCCAGACGGCGGCGGGUGAUCAUGAACAAGACACUGUCGUGGCUAGCAUUGUCGCGCAGAUGAACCAGAUCGUUGCUGAGGCGUAUGAGAGGGAUGCUGCAUAUAAGGAACUGAUGCGUAAGCAGGGUGAGAAGCGUCAAAAGGGCAUAGAAGACGCCGCCACUGCUGGACAUGGAGGUGCUGCACCCGCGCAAGGAGAAGAUGAAGAUGGCGCUGGAUCUGAACCACCUGAGCUGACACGUGAACAGCGUCGCCAAAAGUACACGCAGACUAAGAAGACCCGAGGACGAACACGCAACACCAAUCGUCCUGGUGCCCCACGUUCUUGCGGUACUACUUCAGGAUCUGCCAACAUUCCCAGCACUGCUUCUGCCUCAGCAUCUCAAGGUCGCCUGUCUCCAAAAGAGCAAAAGCAAUACAUUGACGAAGCGGUAGGUGAACUCAGGACCGGUAGUGAGACUUUCAUUGUUGCCGCAGGAGCGCAGGCCGAGAACAUCCGAGACGGUGCUGCUUUCAACUCAGGCCUGGUGUCACGCGGCAGUGAGCGAGUGGAUAGCAGCGAGCGAGUGACCAGCAGCCAGCGAGCGGUCGAAAUCGGACGAUCUCGGAGGGAGGAGAAGGACUCUCGGUCUCUGGCUCUCACGAGUCGUGGUAGUAGUGGUUCCUCGAGAGCAUCGACUGAUUACGGCAAUGCCUUUGAUGACGAUGUUUGCGUAGAUGGCGCAGACGAAAUUGGCCAGAGUGCGAUGUGCUGUCGAGAGAACGUGGUUGUCAUGAAGCUGAGAAGUCAUGCAUGCGUGAAAGUAAAAAGUCGCGGUGCCUGUUCCCGCCAAUCGGACGUCGGGCUGCCACGUAAACCCGAGGGCUUCGCGGGAUUCGACAUUUCUAUCCACCUUUUCCAUCUACCUUUUCCAUCCACUUUUUCUAUCCACUUUUUCUGUCUACCUUUCCUAUCCACCUUUCCUAUCCACCUUUCCCAUCCACCUUUUCCAUCCACCUUCUCUGUCUACUUUUUCCGUCUACCUCAUCCACCUUUUCUGUCUACCUUUUCUUUCCACCACCCUUGUGCUGCCUAA